AUGUAUUGCCAUGCGGCAAGUUCUGCAAUUGCAACCUCAGGUCCUCACUGCCCGAAAGAGAUUUCAAAGCUUGCCGAAAAGGCGAAGAAUAAUGCUGCGCAACGCAGCUAUCUCUUUGAGCACUGGCUGUUGUGCCAGGGCUGCUGGGCCAAGUCUUCACUGGUAGCCCGACUGAGAUCAAAGAAAGCCAACCGCAGGAAGGGGCUCCGCAGGUGGUACACGAAGCAAGAGCUCAUCGACCGCCAUGGCGAAAGUGUCGCUUUGGCAAUCAUCGAGGCGAAAGAGAAUGAUGAUGAGAAGCGUGAAACCGAGAUUCGAAAUCACCCCGAAUGCCCUCAGCGGAAGGAUAUGAUUCAGUACAAGUGUCUCUGCGAAGAGACAGAAGAAGACGUUGAUGAGGAGGAGCUGGAAAAUGUCUUUGAAGCGAAUGUCGCCAGCACCAGCAGCGACUCAAAGAGCGGUGCGGAUGAGGACGAGGAAGAGGAUGCUGGCGACAAGAAGAGAAGCAAGUCUAAGAAGCCGAAAGCCAAAAAGAAAGCAAAAAGCCCAAAGAAAGCCAAGGCAAAAACGAAAGCAAAAGCAAAGGCAAAGAGCAAGGGCAAGGACACGAAGAAGGCCAGACUGCAAUGUACAGCUAGUCAACAUAUUUGGCUUCGAAUUCCACUGCGUUCAGGAAAAUUUGACGCCCGAAGAGGAGCAGCAGGAGAAAGCAGCGCAGGAAGCCAAGGAGCUAAGAAGCAAAGUGAAGAAGGUGGGUUGGCCCAACUGGUGUUCCCCCGUUAUAAUUAUUAA